UAGAAAUAAUGAGGCAAAUAAAAGAAAAAACAGAGAAAGAAGCAGAGAUAAAAACGCCCGAUUCAAUAGAAAGAGAACCUGAAAGAGAUUGGGUACAAGACGUAUCAUUUCCUCCUCCAUCACAUUCAUUUUUCUUUUCCUUUGAAGAGAAUUUAGAUUUGAGAGAAGCACUCAACCAAACCAAUCCAAAAACCAGAGAAAACAAAGAGACUAUUAAGAAACAUGCACAC